CUACUCUGUAGCGGGUCUUGAAUGCGUAAACUGAAUGCCCGUGCAAGAGGUCCUGUAUUAUUGCAAAUUCCCUUGCUAUCCAGGGUCCUUAUCUUGAUUUGUAAGCCAACUUUCCGCAUUUAUUUUGUAACUCUUCUCGCUCUAAAAGCUCCCCUCCCCAAUAACUUCACCUGCCCUUCAUGCCAUGUUCCUUACCCAUUCUCUCUUUCACAGCCUUAUUCGACAUUUCGCUAAUGUCUGUGGCCAAUGAUGUCAUCACCCAUUGCACGGUCAUUAGCGGGUUGUGUACGAUUCACAGACGGACUCAUGCAUGGAUUUUUUUGGGGUUAUGUUCCCUGGGCGCUUAUGUUACUUGUGGAUUGUCUACCAAAGUCCAAAAGCAAAGCGUAGUACCCUGCCCGUCAGUGUAGGUCCCAAUCAGGGAGGGCCAUAGUUCCUGGAAGCCGGGCGGAUUCUUACCAAUAAUGCAUGAUAAUGUCGCGCUCCCCAGGCUUGAGGCACUUCGAACACAGGCCAUCUUGGGAAGGACGCACUGCAGUUUGAGUCUUUAAACAAUCCUCAUGAAGAAGGCAUCCUGUUGCGCAUUCAAA